GGUGUCACGGCGGCACAGCGCAAUGAACGCGGAGCCCGCUCCGCCUCCGGGGCCGCCUCCUCCCGCCCGAGGAGGGCCCCGCUCCCGCCCGGGCCCCGCGCUGUCUCUUACCGGAGCGGCUCCGGCCGCGGUGGCGGUCCCGCUCUCUCACCUUGAGGGUCUCGUAGGCGGUGGCGAUGAGCAGGAACUUCUCGUGCGCCUCCUGCGAGCCGCCCGCAGCGGCCGGGUCCCCGCGGUAGCGGUCGGGGUGGUACUGACGAGCCAGCUGCCGGUAGGCGCGGGCGAUCUCGGCCUUGCUGGCCUGCCGGCCGACGCCCAGCACCUCGUAGCACACUUGCCGCCCGCAGUACAGCCCCUCGAUCAGGCCCCGCGCCGGGCGAGGCAGCAGCAGCGCGGCCCACAGCCACAGGCACAGCAGCCAGCGCCGGCCAAAGGACGCCGCCAUCUCGAUCAACUUGAACGAGUGUUUUUGCGUCUCGGCCAUGCAGAAACAGACGAGCAGUUGCAGAAUAUUAUUUCCAAAUUCCUACCCCCUGUUCUCCUCAAGCUGUCCAGCACUCAGGAAGGAGUUCGUAAAAAGGUCAUGGAGCUGCUGGUUCAUCUGAAUAAGAGAAUAAAAAGUCGCCCAAAAAUCCAGCUUCCUGUAGAGACAUUGCUAGUUCAGUAUCAAGAUCCUUCUGCAGUGUCUUUUGUCACUAAUUUUACCAUUAUUUACGUUAAGAUGGGAUACCCUCGUUUGCCUGUGGAAAGGCAGUGUGAAUUGGCUCCAACUCUUCUCACUGCAAUGGAAGGGAAACCCCAGCCACAGCAAGACAGCCUAAUGCAUCUUCUAAUACCAACCCUUUUUCACAUGAAAUAUCCUGCUGAACCACUGAAAGCAGCAGCUUCUCCAUUUAAUCUUGCUGAAAAACCAAAGACUGUACAGCUGCUUUUGGACUUCAUGUUGGAUGUUCUUCUUAUGCCUUAUGGGUACGUAUUGAAUGAAUCUCAGAGUCGGCAAAACAUGCCCUCAGGACAGGGCUCUUCAUCAAGUACUAUGGGAGGUCCUGGAAUCCCUCAGCCACCUCCAGGGAUGAGCUUUUAUGCAGCCAAGAGAGUAAUUGGAGAUAGCCCAUGGACACCAGAGCUGCUGGAGCAGUGUAAGCUGGGGAUAGUGAAGUUCAUUGAAGCAGAGCAGGUGCCGGAACUUGAAGCUGUUGUACAUCUGGUUGUAGCCUCCAGUGAUACAAGACACAGCGUGGCCACUGCAGCAGACCUUGAACUGAAGAGCAAACAAAGUUUAAUUGACUGGAACAAUCCUGCUAUCAUCAACAAAAUGUAUAAGGUGUAUCUUGGGGACAUACCAUUGAAAACCAAGGAGGGAUCUGUUCUGAAACCAGAAAUGAAAAGAGAGUCAGUCAGUACUCGUGUUAAAUUAAAGAUUGUUCCUCAUCUUCUUCGAUCUAGACAAGCUGCAGAAACAUUCCCAGCCAACAUUCAGGUGGUUUAUGAUGGACUCUUUGGCGCAAACACAAAUGCAAAACUGAGAAGUCUGUCCCUGCAGUUUGUGCAUCAUAUUUGUAUCAUUUGUCCAGAAAGUAAAAUAAAGCCAUUAGGCCCAAUGCUUCUGAAUGGACUUACAAAGCUGAUCAAUGAAUACAAGGAGGAUUCAAAAUUGCUGUCAAUGGCUUAUUCAGCAGUUGGAAAACUCUCCAGCCGAAUGCCUCAACUCUUUACCAAGGAUAUAGCACUGGUACAGCAGUUUUUUGAAGCUUUGUGCAAGGAAGAUGCUGAUACAAGGCUUGCUAUUCAGGAGGCCUUGUCUAUGAUGGUUGGAGCAUACAGUAACUUGGAAGGAGCCCAGCGUACUUUGAUGGAAGCUCUUGUAGCUUCUUAUCUAAUAAAGCCUGAAGUUCAAGUACGUCAAGUGGCUGUGAAAUUUGCUAGCACAGUAUUCCCUCCGGAUCAUAUCCCUUCCAGAUACUUACUGCUCUUAGCAGCAGGAGACCCGCGGGAGGAGGUACACGGAGAAGCCCAGCGGGUACUGAGAACAUUUCCUGGUAAAAAUGAAAAGGAGAGUUCUGGGAAGCAGAUGCCAUCCUUCCCUGAAAUGGUUCAUUAUAUUCAAGAGAAGGCCUCUCACCGAAUGAAAACUCCAGCUAAAUAUAUGACAGGAACUGCAGCCUUGCCUUUUAAUCCUGCCACAUUUGGAGAGAUAGUCCUGUACCUGCGGAUGUGUCUCGCUCACAGUGCAGGUGUGGUGCCAACCUCACAGAGCUUGGCAGAUAUGCAAGACCAUGCCCCAGCCAUUGGACGUUACAUAAGAAACCUCAUGUCUGGCAACCACAUAUCUUUCUCUUCCACUUCCUCCUCCAAAAGUGCAGAAACCAAUCCUGUACAGAUAUAUAUUGGCCUACUCCAGCAGCUCUUAGCUGGUGUUGGAGGUUUGCCAGUCAUGUAUUGUCUUCUGGAAGUUGUUUCAGUAUAUCCAGAGAAGCUAGCCAGCAGAUUUGUUGACAAAAUGGAUUGGAUAAGGAGCCUGAUGAAUACAAACAAAGAAGAAAUGCGUGAGCUUGCUGCCCUGUUCUAUUCUGUAGUGCUGUCUACAAUGUCUGGAAAUGAGCUUAGGGCCUCUGUGGAGCAACUGAUCAAGAUGACAAAAGACAAUCAUAGCCCAGAGGUCCAACAUGGAUCCUUGUUGGCUUUGGGAUUUACAAUAGGAAGGUACUUGGCCAAAGGGAAAAUCAGAACAAUGGAGCUACAUGACAUAGAACAGCCAAACACUGCAGUCAUGCCGGAGCAAGAGCAGAUUGUAAAGUCAACAACAGAAACAAUAGGUUCUUUUCUGGACAGCACCUCUCCCUUCCUUGUGGUGGCUGCUUGCACAGCUCUUGGGGAGAUUGGCAGAAAUGGCCCCUUGCCAAUCCCCAGUGAAGGUACAGGGUUUACAAAGCUGCAACUUGUUGAAAGCUUACUGGCCCGAAUCCCUUCCAGCAAGGAAACAAAUAAGAUGAAGGAACGAGCAAUACAAACCUUGGGUUACUUUCCUGUGGGAGAUGGAGAUUUCCCUCACCAAAAGCUACUGUUGCAAGGUUUAAUGGAUUCUGUAGAGGCCAAACAAAUAGAAUUGCAGUUUACUGUGGGUGAAGCUAUUACCAGUGCUGCUGUAGGAACCAGCUCAGUGGCUGCACGUGAUGCAUGGACAGUCACAGAGGAGGAAUAUAUCCCUGCCCCAGAUCUGAAGGUAAAUGAUGUGGUUCCUUGGGUCCUAGACCUAAUUUUGAACAAACACAUUAUCAGCCCUAACCCACAUGUUAGACAAGCAGCCUGCAUCUGGCUUCUGUCAAUGGUGAAGAAGCUGAGUACACACAAAGCUAUUAAGUCUCACCUCAAGGAUAUUCAAAGUGCAUUCGUUUCAAUUCUGUCAGACAGUGAUGAGCUUAGUCAGGAUGUUGCUUCAAAAGGUCUUGGGCUGAUAUAUGAACUAGGAAGUGAACAGGAUCAGCAAGAGCUAGUCACCACACUUGUUGAUACCCUUAUGACUGGAAAAAGAGCCAAACAUGAGAUGACUGGAGAAACUGUGGUGUUUCAGGGUGGCUUGAGCAAAACCCCAGAUGGUCAAGGUCUUUCUACCUACAAGGAGCUUUGUUCACUUGCUAGUGAUCUCAAUCAGCCAGACCUGGUGUAUAAAUUUAUGAAUCUGGCCAACCAUCAUGCCAUGUGGAAUUCUCGGAAGGGAGCAGCUUUUGGUUUCAAUGUGAUAGCUGCCAAGGCUGGAGAGCAGCUGGCUCCAUUUUUGCCCCAGCUUCUUCCUCGCCUUUAUCGUUACCAGUUUGACCCCAACCUGGGCAUUCGGCAAGCAAUGACCAGCAUUUGGAAUGCAUUGGUAACAGACAAAUCGAUGGUUGAUAAGUAUCUGAAGGAAAUUCUUGACGAUUUGAUCAGUAACCUAACCAGCAAUCUGUGGAGAAUCAGGGAAUCCAGCUGUCUUGCUCUGAAUGACCUACUAAGAGGAAGGCCUUUGGAUGAUAUCAUAGACAAGCUUCCAGAAAUCUGGGAAGUUCUGUUUAGAGUGCAAGAUGACAUUAAGGAGUCUGUGCGGAAGGCAGCCGAACUAGCCUUAAAAACCUUAAGCAAGGUUUGUGUGAAGAUGUGUGAUCCCUCCAAAGGAGUUGCCGGUCAGAAGACAAUAGCUGUACUGCUCCCUUGUCUCCUAGAUAAAGGAAUAGUCAGCACAGUUGCUGAAGUCCGGUCUCUCAGCAUUAACACUCUUGUGAAGAUCAGUAAAAGUGCUGGAUCUAUGCUGAAACCUCAUGCACCAAAACUUAUCCCAGCCUUGCUGGAGGCCUUGAGUGCACUGGAGCCUCAGGUCCUCAAUUACUUAAGUCUCUGUGCAACGGAUCAGGAGAAAACUGCAAUGGAUAGCGCCAGACUUAGUGCUGUCAAGUCAUCUCCCAUGAUGGAAACCAUUAACAUGAGCUUGCAGUUCUUGGAUGUUUCUGUCCUGGGUGAGCUGGUUCCUCGGCUGUGUGAACUAAUAAAAAGUGGAGUAGGCCUCGGCACAAAGGGAGGCUGUGCCAGUGUAAUUGUCUCACUGACCACACAGUGUCCCCAGGACCUGACACCUUAUUCAGGUAAACUUAUGAGUGCUUUACUUACUGGCCUGACUGAUCGCAACAGUGUGAUACAGAAGUCUUUUGCCUUUGCUAUGGGGCAUCUAGUCCGGACUUCUCGGGACAGUAGCACGGAGAAGCUACUGCACAAACUCAGCAGCUGGUACAUGGAAAAGGAAGAGCCAGUGUACAGGACAGGCUGUGCUUUAACUGUACAUGCUAUGGGACGCUACAGUCCGGAUGUAGUGAAGAACCAUGCCAAACAGGUGUUGCCAUUGGCUUUUCUUGGCAUGCAUGAGGUUCCUGAUGAAGAAAAAGGAGAAAAAGAUGAUUCUACUCUGUGGGCAGAAGUUUGGCAGGAAAAUGUACCUGGUACUCAGGGUGGCAUCAGGCUGUAUAUGCAGGAACUGAUAGCCAUUACACAGAAGGCUUUGCAGUCCCAGUCCUGGAAGAUGAAAGCUCAGGGAGCAGCUGCCAUGGCAUCAAUUGCUAAACAGACCGGCUCCCUUGUACCUCCACAUCUGGGAAUAGUGCUGUCUGCGCUGCUGCAGGGCCUGCCAGGGAGAACGUGGACUGGGAAGGAGGAGCUGUUAAAGGCUAUCACCAGUGUCGUCUCUGCCUGCAAUGCAGAGCUACAGAAGUCGACGCCUGGCCAGCCCAGCAUCAGUGAUGUUAUCCAGGCGGUACUGAAGGAGUGUCGGAAGGAGAACCUGAAGUACAAGAUGGUGGCCCUACGCUGCAUGGCUGCAGUGCUGCAGGCAACAAAGGAAGACCGGUUCCAGGAGCUGGCAGAUAUCAUCUUCCCCAUGAUAAAGAAGAACUCCUUUGAGAAUGUGGGUGCAAGUUUACCAAAGCUCGACGAAGAGGAUGAGGAUGCAAGAGAGAGGGAGGUGCAGAUGGAGUCCCUGCUCUGUGCCUUCGAGACCCUGGGCAAAGCCUGGCCAAGGAGCCCAGAGACGCAGCGUUGCUAUCGCCAAGAGUUUUGCAAGUUAAUGUGUGACCGUCUGAAACUCAGCACAUGGAAAGUGCAGCUCGGAGUGCUGCAAGCCAUGAACGCCUACUUUCAGAGGCUGGUGCUGUUUGAGGAGGAGCAUGCAGACCCUGAGGCAUUGACAGAAAUACUGUUGGAAACCUGCUCAUCUAUCACCCAUUCUUUAGAAAACAAAAGCUACACGUCCAUCAGAACAGAAGCUUUGUCGGUGAUACAGCUACUGCUCACCAGGCUGCAAGAGUCUAAACAGUGGGAAAGCCUGAAGCCAGAAAGCAGAGAGCACCUCAUCCAUUCUUUAUCUACAAUGGCGUCAGACAGCAGACCUGAGCUACAGGAGAAGGCAUUUAUAUUGAAGAAAACACUUGAAAAUCUAAACUAAAUUGUAAAAACAUAAACUACAAAGUGCCAUGUAAAACAAACAAACAAAAGUGCAGUGGUCUGAAAACCAAGUGGGAAAAUGAAGAUUACUCUGUAGCAUGCAUCAUUCCUGGCCAAAAUAAAACAUGCCUUAAGUUCUGUUCCCGAUUAACGUUAAUUUUACUCUUUUGAGCUUAUUUUUAGUUAGUAUUCUGUCAGUAAAUACCUCUCAGUGAUCUGCCCUAGAAUGUUCCUCGUUGUGCAACUUAAAAUGUUGAGGGCAAGUUGCUUUUAAUUCCCUUUAAAUCAGCAAAAGAAUGUUACUCAGAUCCCCAUUGUCCUUCAAAGCAGUUGUUGAAAAGCCACCAGCACAGGAAGUGAAAAGCGUGUUUGAUUUUCACUUAUCUCACGUGCAGAGAUCUGUUACCUGGUGUUGUUGAUACUCUGCAGCAGGGUAGUGUUCAUUACCUGCAAAGAAUGAAAUGCUGCCCCUGGAGUCUGUGUGACACUCCUGUGUAACUUCCAGGGGCAGCGUUUCAUCCGCUUCUCCUGUUUGCUCCUCCCCUGCAGCCUCUUGUCCAUGAGCUACAAAGGCAGAGUACUGUUAGCUCCUCUCCUCCUUCUCUGACCUCAGAAUGGAUUGACCGAGGCUUUGCCUUCCCCAGCUGUGUAACCUCGGCCUCCCAAACUUUGAAUGAGAACUUUCUUCCUCCAAGGAUGCACAAGAGAGCACUUUACUGAGCUAUGUGGGACAGAAUUGGGCCUCUUUGGUGCCCAGGUGGAACACUGCUCUUCUCAGAAUUGUUUUGCAUGGACACUCCUCAGCUGCAGGAGAAACAAACAAACAAAAAAUGGGAAAAAAAACCUUUUUUAGAUAUGUUUUUGAAGAGUGUUUGAAGUUCGCAAUGACUUUUUUUUAGUAGUGGUAAUGUUUUUUUUUUUUCCUCCCCUUCAUGUUCGUAACUCUGUUCUUGCUUUGGGAACCUGUACUGAUUUAGAAUUGUCAGUAUUUGUAAGGAACUGAGUUGUGUGUUGUUUCUCAGCAGCCCAAGUCAUGCUGGUUUCUAGCAAAUACUUUUUAAUUUGCACUUACGAAGAGAGAUUAUAUCUGCAUUAACGUGGAGUAAAAUUGCUAUUUGAUGAUGUGGCCACGCUGCCUGCCCCUCGUUGCCCUUCUCAGAUGAACGACAAAGCUGACCACUACAGCAACAAACUUUUCAUAGCAUAAAGUUAGUGCUGCACCACAACCUGACCAGCCCCACGUGUGCCGUUUUUUGGGGAUAAAAUGCUUUGCUGAUGGUGAAAUAAAAUCAUUUCUGUGGGUACCACCAUGUCCAUGGUUUCCAGCACAGGGAAGCUUGUUUCUUUUCUUACGAUGCGUGGAGCUCCUUUAGAGAGGAUCUGUUAUGGUGAGAACUGUUGGAUAACGUCACCUUUCCUCCACGUCCAUCGGUUAGAAUCAGGUGUGCAGUACCUGCUGUUCCCUCAGGUGCCAUUCCCCUCUCAGUAUUUCCUGGUACUGUGACAUCCAGUUGUCUGGCUUUGUCCAUGGGAAGGGAGGAAUGUAGUUGUUAUGCAUCUGGUAAGAAAAUGUCUUUGGAAAUAGGCAGAGCUGUGGCUGUGUAGCAGAACCCUCAGCGAGCACUAAUGCUUUGUACACUAGGGCUGGUCAGCGAGCAACUUCUCGGUGCUGGGAGCUGGUGCUAUAACACUUUGAUUUACACCUCGUUGGCAGGGAGCUGCUCUUUGUUUACGUGUAGUUUGAACUCUUGAGCACAGUGUAUAUUUUAAAACUUGACUGGGCGAAUCACUUUACGGUGUCUUUACAGAUCUGCUUUACCAUGACGUGUAGUGUCAUGAGCGCUCAUUUAUUUUGUAUUAGAUGAAUAUUACCAGUGAUGCUUUGCUGUAGCAGUUCAUUGUCUGACUUGGGUUUUUUCGUAUUUGGUUGGAGUGACAGUUACAGAAAACAAGAGUCUCCAGGUCUCUAUUAGUCUGAUUUUUCGCUGUGGACUGGAGUGUGCGGAGGCGAUGCCUCCCAUGGUCAUAAGGCUGUAAUGAGAACUGUAAUACUUGUCAAUGGCAGCCUGACUUUCUUUAUUGGGGAUUUACACUAGAGGGAAGAGCGUAUUCUAGGAACUCUACAAACAGCUGGCUCGACAGCUCUGGCCGAGUGUUAGGAAGGUUAGAGAUGGUUCACUACUGUCUGAAUCACAAAGCAAUAUGUCUUUCUCGUGGUUACGGAAGAGAUUCAGAGCUCCUCUCUAAAGCACGUGCCUAUACACAAGAACCUACCUGUACGACAGUUAAUUCAGUCAGAGGCUUGAUUUCUACCCCCCUCAUUUGUAAACGUGACAGGAUUCAAAAAUAAAUAGAUGUGGCCUUCCUAGAGUUUUUCCUCUAAAAGUGAUUGCACUAUGUAAAACACACUGUACUUUGCCCAGCCUGGGCAUCCUUGUGCUGCUGCAAUGCUGCUUUGUAUACCAGGAGUGCAGUGUGCAGGUCUGACACUAGCACUCAUCCUGACCUACAAGCUGUUGCUUCAAUGGAUGUAUAUUGAGAAGUUUUCUAAUGUUGCAAGAUCUCCAUGAAACUCACUGCGAUCUGUACUGUCAAAAGUAUGUAAAGGGACUGACUGAAAGAAAACCCUGUUGCUUACCAAAAAGGUAAAACUUAAAUAAAAGAUGCAUGACCUGUU